GCGGCGCUCCCGCCGCCCCAUGCGGAGCCUGCGCUCCUUGGCAGCCUCCGCCUACGAGCCGGUCGCGGCCUCCGCGGCGCCGCCCUCGCCCGUGGGCCCCCGGCGCGCGGCGGUGGUGGCGGCGGCGUCGCUCGAGGCCCACGAGGGCGCGUGCCCGGCCGUCGGGCCGCCUGGCCAGCUGCGGCAGCAGCGGGGCCGUACGCUCGCCGCCCUGGGCGCGGCCCUUUGCCUGGCCGCUGUCGCUGCCACGGGC